AUGUUUGUGGAUGAGCAGUUCCCGCCAGAUGAAUCAUCACUUUGGGGCGGAGAUUCGUUGCAGCGGUGGUGCUAUGAGAAGCUCGAGUGGCUCCGUCCACACCAGCUUCGCCCGAUGCCAGAUAGCCUUUUUGAUGCAGAUGCAAAACCAAGGACAUGCAGUGUGAGGCAAGGUUGCAUUCCCGAUUGUUACCUUGUCUCCGCAAUUGCCCUUUUGGCGCAACAGCCUCAUCUGGUACGCCGAUUGUUCGUGGCUUACAAACCGGAGGAAGGAAUUUGCACGGUCAAGCUAUUCAACGGAAGCUGGCAGGAGGUGACUGUUGACACAUUGUUGCCUUGUGUGAAACUGCGACCUGCCUUCGCUCAUCAUGACGGUGGAAGGGAGUUGUUUGCUUGUUUCCUUGAAAAAGCCUGUGCAAAACUGCAUGGCAGUUAUGCUUGUUUGUGUGGCGGCCGGGUUGACGAAUCGCUGUUCACACUCACAGCAGCACCCACCCUGGAGAUAAGAACCGCCAUGCGUGAAGCUCUACUGGAAAACUUGCAGACAAAUGGUGAUGCCAAUUUGCUGGCAUGCGCAAGCGCGUCAUCGACGUCUGGCCCCUCACGUCCUGUCUCUGCACUGCCCAUCCGUCCUAACCAUACGUACAUUGUUACAUGUAUUGGCGAUCCAGGUCCGAAUCCGAGCAUCAUGGUGUUAGAUCUGAGUGCUGAUGAAGGAGAUGAGAAACGGCCCGAAUCGAGCAUUGGAGAGCUCUUGAUGCACUUGGACGACUUUCUCCGGACGUUCAAUCGACUGUUUGUUUGCUUUGUUGGACAGUUCCACGCAUCAUCUUCUUUGCCUCGACACUCUGUGGAUGUGGCCGUCACAGUGGGCUACGCAGGUGGUGCUUCAUCAUUUCCGACAUUCGAAGACAAUGCCAUGUUUAGGAUCGUGCCAGCAUGCAAAAUGCUGCUAGCAGUGACCCUGGCACAGCGUGAAAUUCCACAGACUGCUCGAGAGUUCAACAUGUAUGGACGGUUUCCUCUUCCGCAGAUUGGCGUCACGGUUCUUCGUCAAGAGGUGUUUCCUGAUGUUCCAACAGAUGCGAAGAGCUGCACCCGCAACCGUCGCAGAAUACUGCAUCAGACCCCGUUUGAAGGCAAAAGGCAGGCAUCUCUUGUCUUCGAGGUUGAGAGCCUUCCUCCAAACUUGGAAUAUCGAGUUGUUCCGUCUCAUUAUUUCCCUGGAGAUUGCGGUUCAGGCCAAUUCCAGCUGCAUUUCACGUGGUCAGGCCCAGAAGAUGCAGUCCUCAUCGAAGAAAUCACGGCGUGCUCUUGUGGAACUGAUGUCAGAUUUUCAGGGACUUUAGCUCCUGGUAAUAUGGCCAUGUUCUCUUCCCAAUCUCCGUCUUUCCGAGUUUGCAGCCCUUCGGCUCCAGUCCAUGUCACGGCAACACUGACACGUCGUCUCGAAUCAACGCUUUGCUGGUGGAAGCAGGAUCCGUUGCAGGCAUUGCUGCAUGAUCUUUUUUGUUUGUUUGAUGCUGAUGCCGAUGGGUUUCUCUCUCGAGACGAACUAGCAGAUCUGUCCUCUGGGUUAUUGAGAAAUGACUUGCCAAGCAAGGGUGCUGCAGGUUGCACGAAACAGCAGAUAUUCGCAAAGCGGUGUGAUCAGUUGGAUCUUGACACCAUCAGCUUUGGUCAGUUCCUGUCGCAGAACCUGUGGUCUGGCCUUGCAACGAAGCGUGAUCUGGAACGGAAUGCUCUCAGGAUGAGAGGUGCAGGCAACCGUAACUCCAGAGAUUUGCAUAGCCUGGGGGCAUGUGCUGCUGCAGAUUCUUCUUAUGCUGCAGUGGCUGUGUUGAACUGUCCGGCCCAAUCGUUCCAAGAUGCACGUGCUUCGCUGGCCAAAGGCUGUUCUGAGCUUCCUGUUUUGAGCGAUGCGGCUGUAUGGUCUACAAGUUACUCGAUCCAGCAGCCGGAGUUUUACCUGUGUCCGGUUUUGCAGGGAAGUGCAAGUAGUGCAGGCUGCAGUUUCGAACUGCGCAUUCAGAGUUCGCGCAGUGAACUUCAUGUG